UGACCACUCCCCCUCCUGCCCCCUCCACGCUCCUCACCCCGCGCUCCGGCCGCCGCCGGUGUGGGUGCUCCGCUCCCGGCUCCUCUCUGUUCUGUCCUCUCUUCUGCUCUCGGCUCCCCACCCCCUCUCCCUUCCCUCCCCUCCCCUUGCCUCCCCUCCUCUGCAGCGCCUGCAUUAUUUUCUGCCCGCAGGCUCGGCUUGAACUGCCGCUGCAGCCGGGGGAGGUGGGUGGGUGGGUGGGUGGGCUGGCUGGUGGGGAGGAGAUUGUGCAAGUUGUAGGGGAGGGGGUGCCCUCUUCUUCCCCGCUCCCUUCCCCCCCAACUCCUUCCCCCUCCUUCUCCCCCUUUCCCCUCCCCGCCCCCACCUUCUUCCUCCUUUCGGAAGGGCUGGUAACUUGUUGUGCGGAGCGAACGGCGGCGGCGGCGGCGGCACCAUCCAGGCGGGCACCAUGGGCACGUCCGCGCGCUGGGCGCUCUGGCUGCUGCUCGCGCUGUGCUGGGCGCCCCGGGAGAGCUGCGCCACCGGAACCGGGAGAAAAGCCAAAUGUGAACCCUCCCAAUUCCAGUGCACAAAUGGUCGCUGUAUUACGCUGUUGUGGAAAUGUGAUGGGGAUGAAGACUGUGUUGACGGCAGUGAUGAAAAGAACUGUGUAAAGAAGACGUGUGCUGAAUCUGACUUCGUGUGCAACAAUGGCCAGUGUGUUCCCAGCCGAUGGAAGUGUGAUGGAGAUCCUGACUGUGAAGAUGGUUCAGAUGAAAGCCCAGAACAGUGCCAUAUGAGAACAUGCCGCAUAAAUGAAAUCAGCUGUGGCGCCCAUUCUACUCAGUGUAUCCCAGUGUCCUGGAGAUGUGAUGGUGAAAAUGAUUGUGACAGUGGAGAAGAUGAAGAAAACUGUGGCAAUAUAACAUGUAGUCCCAAUGAGUUCACCUGCUCCAGUGGCCGCUGCAUCUCCAGGAACUUUGUAUGCAAUGGCCAGGAUGACUGCAGCGAUGGCAGUGAUGAGCUGGACUGUGCCCCGCCAACCUGUGGCGCCCAUGAGUUCCAGUGCAGCACCUCCUCCUGCAUCCCCAUCAGCUGGGUAUGCGACGAUGAUGCAGACUGUUCUGACCAAUCUGAUGAGUCCCUGGAGCAGUGUGGCCGCCAGCCAGUUAUACACACCAAGUGUCCAGCCAGCGAAAUCCAGUGCGGCUCUGGCGAGUGCAUCCAUAAGAAGUGGCGAUGUGACGGGGACCCUGACUGCAGGGACGGCAGUGAUGAGGUCAACUGUCCCUCUCGAACUUGCCGACCUGACCAAUUUGAAUGUGAGGAUGGCAGCUGCAUCCAUGGCAGCAGGCAGUGUAAUGGUAUCCGAGACUGUGUCGAUGGUUCUGAUGAAGUCAACUGCAAAAAUGUCAAUCAGUGCUUGGGCCCUGGAAAAUUCAAGUGCAGAAGUGGAGAAUGCAUAGAUAUCAACAAAGUGUGUAACCAGGAGCAGGACUGCAGGGACUGGAGUGAUGAGCCCCUGAAAGAGUGUCAUAUAAAUGAAUGCUUGGUAAAUAAUGGUGGAUGUUCCCAUAUCUGCAAAGACCUAGUUAUAGGCUACGAGUGUGACUGUGCAGCUGGGUUUGAACUGAUAGAUAGGAAAACCUGUGGAGAUAUUGAUGAAUGCCAAAAUCCAGGAAUCUGCAGUCAAAUUUGCAUCAACUUAAAAGGCGGUUACAAGUGUGAAUGCAGUCGUGGCUAUCAAAUGGAUCUUGCUACUGGCGUGUGCAAGGCAGUAGGGAAAGAGCCAAGUCUGAUCUUCACUAAUCGAAGAGACAUCAGGAAGAUUGGCUUAGAGAGGAAAGAAUAUAUCCAACUAGUUGAACAGCUAAGAAACACUGUGGCUCUCGAUGCUGACAUUGCUGCUCAGAAACUCUUCUGGGCUGAUCUAAGCCAAAAGGCUAUCUUCAGUGCCUCAAUUGAUGACAAGGUUGGUAGACAUGUUAAAAUGAUCGACAAUGUCUAUAAUCCUGCAGCCAUUGCUGUUGAUUGGGUGUACAAGACCAUCUACUGGACUGACGCGGCUUCUAAGACUAUUUCAGUAGCUACCCUAGAUGGAACCAAGAGGAAGUUCCUGUUUAACUCUGACUUGCGAGAGCCUGCCUCCAUAGCUGUGGACCCACUGUCUGGCUUUGUUUACUGGUCAGACUGGGGUGAACCAGCUAAAAUAGAAAAAGCAGGAAUGAAUGGAUUCGAUCGACGUCCACUGGUGACAGUGGAUAUCCAGUGGCCUAACGGAAUUACACUAGACCUUAUAAAAAGCCGCCUCUAUUGGCUUGAUUCUAAGUUGCACAUGUUAUCCAGCGUGGACUUGAAUGGCCAAGAUCGUAGGAUAGUACUGGAGUCUCUGGAGUUCCUAGCUCAUCCUCUUGCACUAACAAUAUUUGAGGAUCGUGUCUACUGGAUAGAUGGGGAAAAUGAAGCAGUUUAUGGUGCCAAUAAAUUCACUGGAUCGGAGCUGGCCACUCUAGUCAACAACCUUAACGAUGCCCAAGACAUCAUUGUCUAUCAUGAACUCGUACAGCCAUCAGGUAAAAAUUGGUGUGAAGAAGACAUGGAGAAUGGAGGAUGUGAAUACCUAUGCCUUCCAGCACCACAGUUUAAUGAUCAUUCUCCAAAAUAUACCUGUUCCUGUCCCAAUGGGUACAAUCUAGAGGAAAAUGGCCGAGACUGCCAAAGGAUCAAUGUGACCACAGCAGUAUCAGAGGUCAGUGUUCCCCCAAAAGGGACUUCUGCCGCGUGGGCCAUUCUUCCUCUCUUGCUCUUAGUGAUGGCAGCAGUAGGUGGCUACUUGAUGUGGCGGAAUUGGCAACACAAGAACAUGAAAAGCAUGAACUUUGACAAUCCUGUGUACUUGAAAACCACCGAAGAGGACCUCUCCAUAGACAUUGGUAGACACAGUGCUUCUGUUGGACACACGUACCCAGCAAUAUCAGUUGUAAGCACAGAUGAUGAUCUAGCUUGACUUCUGUGACAAGUCUUGACCUUUGAGGUCUAAACAAAUAAUACCCCCGUCGGAAUGGUAACCGAGCCAGCAGCUGAAGUCUCUUUCUUCCUCUCGGCUGGAAGAACAUCAAGAUACCUUUGCGUGGAUUAAGCUUGUGUACUUGACCAUUUUUAUAUUACUUUUGUAAAUAUUCUUGUCCACAUUCUACUUCAGCUUUGGAUGUGGUUACCAAGUAUCUGUAACCCUUGAAUUUCUAGACAGUAUUGCCACCUCUGGCCAAAUAUGCACUUUCCCUAGAAAGCCAUAUUCCAGCAAUGAAACUUGUGCUAUAGUGUAUACCAGCUGUACAUACAUUGUAUAGGCCAUCUGUAAAUAUCCCAGAGAACAAUCACUAUUCUUAAGCACUUUGAAAAUAUUUCUAUGUAAAUUAUUGUAAACUUUUUCAAUGGUUGGGACAAUGGCAAUAGGAUAAAACGGGUUACUAAGAUGAAAUUGCCAAAAAAAUUUAUAAACUAAUUUUGUACGUAUGAAUGAAAUCUUUGACCUCAAUGGAGGUUUGCAAAGACUGUGUGUUCAAACUACUGUACAUUUUUUUUCAAGUGCUAAAAAUUAAACCAAGCAGCUUAACCAUGGUUUGUGCCUGUUCCUCUAGGAUGAACUCUUAGCCUGAGUAGUAUCAAGUGUUCUCACUAAAUGUGUAGGCUAUAGUUCUUGAUGUUGUAUAACUAAGCCUAUAAUUGGGUUGGUUUCUCUUACACCCAAGUACAGUUUAAAAAUGAAGUACUGUUUAACAUUUGCUCCCGAAAUAUUUCUUACUGUGUAUAAGAAGCUAGCUUAGUCUGUACCUAGAAUUCCUCUUGGUUAGAGAAGUUUCUUUUCCAUUAACUUGUUUCCUGAUCGAGAAACACAUGCUAAGAUUUCUAUGAAUUCUGCUUCUUUAUAGUUAAGUCUCUGUUUUCCAUGUUCUGUCAUUUAUAUAGGUCAAGGACAAGUGCCUUCUAAGGCAUGGAUAAGGGCUUUCUUCUUAUAAAAGUCUAGACUGUCUUACUGUGAAGAUGGCCAGGGAGGAUAGCAAGCAAUGGCAUUCUUGAACAAUCUAAGGCAGGGUUCUCAGUGUGGUCCCAGGAACAGAAGCAUCUGCAUCACCUGGGAAUGUGUUAGAAAUGCAAGUUCCCAGCCCCAUCCAUCCCAGACCUACUGAAUCAGAAACUCUGGGGGCGAGGGCUGAAACCUGCUUUCAUAAGCCCUUCAGGCGAUACUGAUGUAAACUAAAGCUUAAAAACCACUGUUUUAAUGUGACUUCAUGAAGAAUAUAAUUGUAAUAUCAAUCACCUAAAUUUUUAUCCUGGCUGGGAUGGGGCAGAUUCUUACUAUGGACAAUUUCUGGAACUUACAGUAUGAAGAGCAGAUGAGGAGUUUGAGACAAAGAAAAAUUGCACAGGGAGUUUGGUGAAUUUUCCAUCAGGUUGGCCAUUACUUUCUUUCUCUAAAGUCUCAGGAUGUCUGGAAGCAAGGAAAGACACAAGACUUGAAGCACCGGGUGGAUACUGUGUGUCACAAGUGAGGUGGAGAGUUGACUGCUGAAGGUACAGCAAUUCCUCUGGAAUUAAAUGACCGACCGACCAACACAGUAGCAAGAGGAUGAAGAGAAGAUGUUUUGAGUCGCUACAUCAACCAGUGGAUGACUCAUAUUUCACUUGCAUAUGAAAUAUAAGGCAGUUAACUUGUUUGUGGCUUAAGCAAGGACAUUAAUAUUACCAGAUGAAGGGGAAGUUGGUUCUGUUGUCUUAAGGGAUGCCCCCUUGUGAUUUUGGUCAACUGAAUGAAAAAAAGAUAGAUAGCCUUGGACCUUUUUUUCAUGGGAGGUUUGGAGGUCAAGCAUGUAGAAGGAAAAGGCUGUAGUCAUGAAUAUAGAACUGUCUGCUCUCCACCUUUUCCUUACUCUACAUUUCAGUCAUCACACUGAACAGGAUGUGGCCUGCUGACAGUGAGUAGCUGAAGUGCCUAUUUGGUAAGUAGGUUAGCAUUCAUCACGAACUCUGAAAGCCAUUUCAGAGUUUGGCUUCUGCUCUGACCCUGCUAUGCUACAAAAGACAUGGAUUUCUUUUUUAACUGGAGUAAUACCAAAUUCCCUUUAGAAGCUUGAAGUUUGAUACUAUCGCUUUCCCCAUUAUAAGGAUUAUACAGUAUUAAUUAUAAGGCCCAAAGUUUGUUUUGGCAAAUAAAGUAUUAUUCUCUAUCA